AUGGUCAUGACCUGUCAUCACGCCUUUUCCACAGCCCACCUCAUCCUAUUGGUCCUGCUCAUUGUCACUCCACAUCUAACUGGCGCCGCCCCUGUGUGGGGUGUGGGUGGGGAGGGGGGGGUCGAGGGGCGCACCCGGAGAGACCGUGAAGAGGACAGCCUUGCCUCCUUUUUCUCUACCCCACCUCAGAGUUUCUCCGGCCCUGAAAACGCAUCCAUAGACCGGGGUCGGAGCCCGGGUCAAGAUAACCAAUUAGAUAAAGUGACGGACCCUGCGCAGGUGCUCGCCGUUCUCUUGGAGUCCCUGGACCGCCCGGGAGACAGUGAAAUCCCGGCGAGCCAAAACAGAGACUGGGAAGAGGAUCAGAGUCUGAAGCAGCCCUCCAUUGAAGGCUUGGAGGGUGGCAAGAUAAGGAGAGCAGAGCAGACAGAGGGAGAAAGGGGAAUGGAGGAGCAAAAGGAGGGGCAAGGGGCUGAUAAGGCUAUUGAAGAGCUAAUUUUAGGCCAUUUGACAGCUGCUCAGGGGGAUGACUUGAACGAAAAGGGGGAGGACGAAGAUAGAACUACAAGGUCAGAGGAGGAUCAGAGGUGGUCCAUGGAGGAUGUAGGUCCUGAUAGUGCAAGUGAAGAAGAGAGGAAAGAAGAAGAGGAGACGCAAGAAGAGGGCGAUGAUUUAGAAAGUGUCCCAGACAAGGAUAGAUCUGGUUCUACCUUACAGGUAGAUGAUCCCGCUCUGCAGCGCAAAAUUAGAGGCUACUUCCAAAACAUUGACUUGGGUCUUCAAGACAAUGAGAUCCUGCCUCCGCUGAAGGGCUAUAAGGCUUACAACACUCAGUUAGCGCGGGUUGGGAAGAAGCAGCACUGGCAGGAUAGCCGGUCUGGCAACAGACCAAUCAAGGGUGGAAAUUUCAUGGAUGACUUUGAGGAUGAGGGAGAGGAGCUGGAGGAGGAGGUGGAGGAAGAAGAGGAGAGCCUCUCCCACAUGGAGGAGGAGGCGAGGGCACGUGCAGAGAAACAGGAGGUUCUCAGGCAGCAGGAGGAAGCAGAGCGAGCCAGAGAAGAAGAGCAGAGGCUUGCAGACAUCGCCUCCGACAUGCUGCUGCAGUACAUGGGCAGGAAGCAGCAGGCGUACAUGAAGCCACGUCAGAAGAGCAGCAACACCGCCGAGGAUAAGCGCUCAGAGGAGGUCCUCCCUGAUGAAGAUGACCUGGACCAGCAGAUGAUUGACAGGCUGAUUGAGAUCAGCAGCAAGCUGCACCUGCCUGCCGACGACGUGAUUGAGAUUAUCAGUGAUGUGGAGCAGAAGAAGAAGAAAAGGAAAGAGCUGCAACAGCAGCCACUUAACAGCAACCCUGUUGCUCCGCGUUUUAGGCCUCUGGUACCUCCUCCUCUAGCCGCGCCACCUAUUUACCACUUCACAGCCUCAAAGAACCCUAAGAAAGCCCCAUAUAAGUACAACAAAUCCAACAAAAAAUGGCACAAGGACAAGGUGAAGUCAUACAAGCAGGACUAUUGGUAUAAGCCUCAGAAGCAGCUUGACUACUGGUAUAAACCCCAGAAACAGUUUUUAGCUUUCCCCUCUUAUCCAUACUAUCAAAAGCCAUAUCGAGCCUACUACCCCGUUUACUUCCCAUAUCCUAAACAACAAUAUUAUGGCAAGCCCUCUCCCUCCAGAGACCAACCCUUUGGCCCCCAGGAACUUGACCUCCAGCCCCCACGACAUAGGCACAGGGUAGGGGGUAAGAACCGUGGACAGGGCUGGAGGCAGCAGCCACCACGCUUGCCUAUCACCCCUUAUAUCUCUAACUAUAUCCUUCCUCACCCACGGACCUACCAACCAUUACCCCCUCCCAAGCCAAUAAUCACACCCAGGAGGGGCAGGCGACCCCCGUACUACUACCCGCAAGUCACACCGGGAGAUGACUAUGAGGAAGAUGGGUUGGUGCCUCAGCUGGACAGUGAGGAGGAGCUGGAGAACUUUAUUGAGAGGAUCUACAUGAAGCGCAGAAUGUAUUGA